UUGUCUCGUGUAGAUCUCUCCGGAAUAUUCUAAUUUAUUUUUUUAACGAAUUAAAAUUGGAGAAAAUAAAAACUGUAAAAAAAAAUUUGAAUAAAAAAGAAGAAUUAGUGAAGAAGAAAAAGAAUCAAAGAACUAAAACAAAAUGAAAACGACAGUGAUAUUGUUAAUUUGUGUGGUACCCGCAGUUUUGUGCGAAUUGGUUCAUCACAACAUUCUUACGCCCGAAGAAGCUCGUGGUUUCUUGGAAAAGCAAUCUUUGGACUUGAAAUAUGCGAAAUUGCUCGAACAACAUCCAAUUCCCUUUGGUCGAAGUGAUGAGGGACCUCGCGAAUAUUGGUAUCGCGGCAGAAAAAUCGACAAUCCCGACGAUUAUGUCGAAGAAGUUUACGACGUGAAUCAAUUCCAUGGGCAAGAUGGCGAAGGACGUGCCUUGUUCGGGUAUUCGGACAAUCAACAAUCUCGCGUUGAAGCCAUCAAUGGAGUCGGAGACGUUCGCGGUUCGUACAAAUGGUUGACACCAAGCGGCGAAGAGAUUGAAGUUAAAUAUUGGGCUGAUUCGUUGGGAUUCCAUCAAACGGAUAACAGACCAGUUGUUGAAUUGAAACCAGUUGAAGAGACGGAAGAAGUUCGUGCUGCUCGUGAAGCUCAUCAAAAGGCGUGGGAAGAAGCUGCUGCUGCUGCGUCGAAUAAUCCUGAUCCUAAUAGCGACAUUUACAACCGUGCCGCCAUCGCUCGCGACGAAGAAAUCUCCCGCCGCGAACAAGAGCAAGAAUUGAUGCGCGCUGCCCAAGAAGAAGAACGCAUGCUUAAACUCCAACAACAAGCUCGUGCCUACGAAGAAUCCGAAGAACCCAAAGGCGAACCACGUGGUUUCUUCUACAGCGUCAAUUACCCCGCUCCCGUUAUCGUACCCAAAGAAGGACAUGCCGAAGUUCGUGCUUACCAACAACAACGUGCUCUCGAAGGUGCCGCUUCCGAAAUCCAAGCUGUUGCCGUGAAACCCGAUAACGCAAGAAUUUCCGAAAUUGCUCACAACGAAGGCGCGAUUCCCGUUGAUGCGGUUCACGAUGCUCAAGUUCACCCCAAAUUGAUGGCUGGAAUUGUCAACAGUCAAAAAUUGCCAGUGCAUUCGUAAAAAAAUGAAAAUUUAGCGAGUAAGGAAACUGGAUUGCCAUGACCUUUAAAAGUAUUUUUUUGUCAAUAAAAUUUAAAAAAAAAUGAAAUAAAGAA